CCGGUAUCGAUAAUAAUAUUACCGUUCGCUUAAUAUUGUGACGGUAAAUUUACAAACGUUGAUAAGUAAUAUGAAAGCCAACGCAAAUGAUAAAAAUGAGAAUAAUAUUAAUUUGGGUUUUUACAUCAAUCCUUAAUGAUUUUAACAGCUGUUGCCGACGUGAACGCACGGGUAAACCCGAAGUAUAAACGUCGAUGUCCGCCGACCCGAAAGAAUUAAUACUUGCAAAUAACCGAAAGGGCGGUAUUAUUGAUUAUAUAUCGCCGCAAAAACGGUCACGGUGACAAAAACAAUCAGCGAUUAUGACGAAAUUAGCCAGUAAAAAAACGCUUUGUAACCGAUUUUUCAAUGUCUUUAUUAAUUUCCAAAGGGAGUAUCGACCGACGUUGUAGACCUCCUGUUGUGUAUCAAAAUAUAUUAGUUAUUCGACUGUUCGGUAUUCGUUAAAAAUGAAAUAUUCGAUUUUGCCCUCCCCUACAUACAGAUAUAGAAAAAAAUUAAAUAUUUGUGAGCUAAUAAAAUGAUACGGCGUUAUUGAAACAGUUGAACAAUAAAUUGGCUUAUUUUUUUACGAAGAUCUUUUCAGCCACAAUGGACUUCGAAUUCAAUCGAACGAGACACCACAGAACAAUGCUACCAUUUUAUCCGUACCAAGCCUACAUUUUCACAUUUAUUCUUUCAAUAUUAUUUGUCUUCGGAUUAUUUGCAAAUGCUGUCACAUUUUUUGUCAUCGCCAGAACCAAGUUACGAAAAUCUACCUUCAAUAUAUUUCUCAUGAGUCUAUGUGUAUCUGAUUUCCUGUCUGCAUUAUUCAGUCCAAUAUUCAUAUACCGGAGAACCUGGGGUUACGAAACUUGGCACAUUCCGAGAUUAUUUUGCAAGUUUUUCUUCGGAAUUGAUCAGUGGACAUCGGUGGUGACAGCUGCUCAUAUUACAACGUUUUCUCUACUACGAUUGAUAUCUGUCAGAUGGCCUCAUGCUUUUGGUAAAAUUAAUGCCUGUCAUGCCAAGAUCACGGUAUCUUCGUUGUGGGCGAUUUCAUUUUUUAUCGGCUUCAUUCCAUUCUUCAUGUUUUGCGGAAUCGUCGAAAAAAUCAGGAAUGCUCCCAAAGCUGGCGGAGCCUGGCCGGCAUGUUCUUUACUUAUAUCAUGGAUUCCAUCUUUCAAAAUAUACGCUUAUGUUGGAUAUCCAAUAUUCUUUUAUGCCCCUAUUGUAUGCGUCACCGUCAUAUCUAUUACUAUAAGCAUCUUAUUAUGGAAACGACGAAGAAUUCGUUUAAGACACAUCGCUCAAACGCCAAGAGCAAUGCAGCUCAACGGGGCAAUCGACAAGCGAUUGCGUAAAGACCGACAAGCAUUAGCACAACUCACAUUGAUCGUAGCAAGCUUUUUAUUGGGAUAUGUACCUCACAUCGUUUCUGUUGCAGUUUAUCAUUUUUACACCACGAAUACAGUGCACACGACGCAGUAUAUGAGGAACGUCGACUGGGUUUUUGGAAUGGUGGAGUACACUUGUCUCCGAUUUUCUGAAUGCAUGAAUCCGGUUAUAUACAAUCUCUCAUCCAGUAAAAUAAGAAAGCAAACAUUGUUGAUGAUUUCAAAUUGCCGUAAUUUUAAAGUACCAAUGGCAAUACGUCCAAGGAAGAGAAGUCGAGGAACUGGAAGUCUGACACCAGAAAAUGGGAUUGCGAUGCAAAGCACAAGUCGUUCAUCUUUAUCGCCUCCGCGAUGACACACACAGAAAACUAUUAUGAAUAUUAUAAAAAGUUAUGGACACUGCAGGACAGAUGAGUACACCUAAAUCAUAUUGACAGAUGAUACAAAAGUUAACCAGAACCUUCGUCGGGCAAUACAUAAAAGACAUAGAGUCAUACGAACCUAUCAAGAGUUGGCAGAGUUACAGAAGUUGAAGCAAGUCGGGUGUUGCUCCGUUAAUUUCUGCAGCCUGAUUUGAUAAUUGAACACUAUAUUUCAAUAUGUAAGUUGUAUUUUAUCGUGUGGAUGCUCAGGUAUACUCCGAAAAGCUUGGGUGUCACCGAAGUCUCUGAGAGUCGGUCGGUAUCUGUUCGGACAUAAAUGAACGGCUCAUCCUGAUUUGUGCGAGAACUCUAAUUUGAUAAAAUAAAUUUAAAAAUAUUUCUGAAUGAUCUGAAGCCCGUUUUUCAUUUGUCCUGUUUGAUCCUUUUUUACUUGUUAUUAAAUAUAGUAUGAAGCACAUAAAAUAUUAACAUAGCAUAGAGAGCGGGUAACAGAUCGUACCAUUCGCAACUGAACUGUUAUAAUACAGGGUGGUUCCGAUGAAUUUGACUUAAUUAUUUGGUUUAGUGAAAUGUAUCUGUGUGGGGUAGAGUUAAGGUUUAUUGGUUACAGCUAUCUUUAUUUAGAUAUUUAUUUGUCUGGAUCGACGGUAGGCCAGUAACUCGCUUACCUGUGAACCACUGAAAAUUCGAAUACAAUGAUCACACAGCUUUGUGAAAACUAUCACGUUAACUUAGACGCAAAAAUUAUUGUUUUAUUUCCUCAUCUGUUUAGCGUAACAGAAGUUUCGAUAUUUCUAUCCAUUUUAUGAAUAUGAAAGCAUACACUGAGAUUUGCACAUUAUUGUAUCACAUUAUAUUCGGCUAAUAAAUGCCGUUUUAAUUUGCGAUCAAACAAUUUUGGGAAACACGCAUUCCAGCGAUUUCUUCAUGACUGAAGAUUGAUAUCGAGGGGUGAAAUACAAUUUGUUUAAUUAAUAUACUCCUCGUCUCAUAUGUGUGAAUAUUUGAAAUUUUGACAAAAAAGUUUUGAAAAUACUCUGGCAGCAGUAAAUUUUCAUAACGAUACAUACAUUUUCCUACUUCACAUAAAUUAUGUAGAUUUCCUUCAAUUGAAGAAAUCCACAGCAAUGAUACAGCAUUGCAUUAUUAAUACGUAUUUGUCUAGAAUCUAGAUGACUCUCUGUACAUCAUACAUCUAUCUAAUCAUCUUAUUUUGUGAAACUGCAAGGAGUUUUUGUCGCAUGGCGUUACCCCAACAUAAUAUACCAUAUCGAAGAUGUGAAAAGGCCAGGCUAUUAUAAACUAUUUUAAAAAUUUCAAGAUUAAUAAAUCUCCUUAGUUUAUAUAGUA